UGAUACUGUGAAUACAUUAAAUCGGGAAAGAAGAGGGAAUACCAAUGUUGAGUCCUCCGUACUGAACCAGAAAUCCUUGGCUGUUGUAUCUUUGCCUUCUGAGCAUUCAAAGAACAGUGAUUGUCAUGUCGAUGACACUGUGCCUUCCUGUAGAAGAGCUAUUGCUGAAGCAGCUCUGACUUCAGAUGCUUUUGAUUCUGCUAUGAAUACGAGCCUGGAGGGUUCUACACCUUCAAGACUGCAAAAUAUUGUGGAUUUUGGGCCAUUUUUUCAGGAGGGUUACUGCAGAGUGUUGGAGCUCAAUGGAUGCCACAACGUAACUGAAGUUGUAGCUGAUCAUGUGACCUGCAGCGAAAAGAACUGUGAGAGCCUAAACCCCGAAGAUGAUGAGGAGAAUGAUGAAUUGCUAGGUGGGAUGUUUUCUUUCUCCGAGGAAGGUUGAUUCAUAGCCUCCCGGAGGAGAACUGCCGAAUGCAUGUUAUUUACAGAAUCAUUGCUUUCCAAAUAUUGUGAAAAUGGUUUUCGAUUAAUUACUGAAGGUAAUAGUGAUUGCAUCCGUCAAGAAUCACAGUGCAAGUGUUUGCAAUACUGUGCAUAUGAGCGGGGUGCAUGUUUAUGUCAUAACAAGCCAGUGUAUGUGAUCGAUCUCUCUCAUGUACAUUUUGUAGAUGAAAGUUUAUAAUUCACGGAGGGUCUAGCAUGGGUCCGGAGGAUUAAGUUUCCGACUCUUGGAAGAAGUAGGUUUGGGGUUUUCACUGCCUAGUCUUUUCUUUCAAGCUGCCUGUAGAGCCAUAUUUCAAUUUCGGUAUUGAUUAAGUUCUCUCCAAAUUGUAUAAAUAUUUUAUCUUCAAAAAUAGAAAAAAAAAAUGUGGAAAUGGAAAGGGAUGAAAGUACGUUUCGAUCGCAAUUUUUUUUAUUAUUUAUAUUUAUUCUUCA